GAGUUCGAAAGUAGCGUCAAUUAUCUGGCGAAUGUGUGGUGGCCCGCUCGCGAGAUUGUAGAAAAGGCAAUAGACGAAGCACCGCAGGUGGAUAUCAGUGGUAGAAUCGUUCAUCUGUCAUCUGGCGGAGUCCCAUGGAAAGAACAUUUUUUCCAGUUGGAGGAAGAAAAGGGUUUAGCAUCUCGAAGAAUGACUUACAUGAUCUAUGAAGACAGCUCGUCGGGUACAUAUCGGGUACAGGCGAUCCCAAACAAUAGUUUAUCUACAUUCGACAACAGGUUACCGUUGCCAAAAAUCUGGAGAGGUUUACGUGACGAAGAGCUUUCUAACCUCUGUGGCAUUGACGGAUGUGUGUUUGUACACAUGACAGGGUUUAUCGGAGGUAAUAAGACAUUUGAAGGAGCUCUAGCUAUGGCAAAGAAGGCACUCGAAAUUGGAGAUGCAGAGCUAGCGGCAAGAGCUGAAAAUGAGCAAGAGAUAAAGAAGAUGAAACUGGACGGCGACCAAGCAGUGAGCAGUACAGUGGAACCUGCUCAUUAGGGCAUUGAUACGAACAAAGGGCUUUUGAUUCCCCUUGUCUUUACCUCAUUACGACUGCAUUUGUUUUGCUUCCUAUCGUCUUGCCAUCCUUGGUAGUUUUUGUUGUUUACAGAGAUCGUUGAUGCCAUAGCACGCUCUUAUACUGAUAAGCGUUCGUGUUGUCGGAAAAUUCUCCAAGUUGCUCUUGUUAUAUUCUCUAACUGUGAUUCUCAGUAAAAUCUGGUGAUUUCGUUUAUCACGUCAUAUAGACUACUUGCGGAUUUCUAAUCUGAAUUGUGUCUACCAAAAACUUCCACCCAAAUUUUUGAUUAUGCCAAUUUUUUCUUCGAUCAUGAGUAAACUAUUACUCGGG